ACAACAGGUACGAGGCUGGUGAAGAGAGAGGUAAAGUCAGAAGGGAUGAAAAACAGAGAAAAUUGUCAACGAAGGAUGAAAAAGACAAAACAGUGAAAGGGAAGGAAAGCAAAAACACACCAAUGAGGAGACUAUGGAGGUUCAACUCUACUGGCUGCUGCUGUUGUUGGUCGACCGCCGUGGGCGGACUACAGGUGCUGUGAGUGACAUCAGUCCAUAUAUAAAAUAUUAUGAAGGCUUGUCGUACGACAGAGAAGAACUUCACAGAAAGCACCUGAGAGCCAAAAGAGCCUCACAGCCUCAGGACAACACACUGCAGCUGGACUUAACUGCUUUCAACAGAACUUUCCGUCUGCAUUUGAAACACGAUGCAGCAGCAUUUUCCGAAAACUUCACGGUGGUCAGUGAGAAUGGUUCCAUGUCAGCUGACCUCUCCCACAUAUAUUCAGGAACACUAGAGGGUGAAUAUAAUUCAGCCUGCCAUGGCUCGGUCAUACAAGGUCAGUUCGAGGGAACCAUCCAUACAGACAAUGGGACCUAUCACAUAGAGCCAGUACAUAGAUACACCAGCAACCAAACAGAUCACCACUCUAUAAUCUACCAUGAGGAUGACAUGGUCCUCCCAUCCAUAAGACCUGCCUCUGAUGGAUUCUGUGCUGCAGAACAUCUAAAACUCCUCUCCCAAAGCCUCAGCUCCAAUGAGGAGGCACCAGUGAGCCGGGUGAGGAGAACACUGGAUGAGUCAAAGACCAGCUGCCUGCUCCACCUCCAUGCUGACCACUACUACUGCCAGAAGUUCAAGUCAGUCGAGGCUGUUGUGGGUCAGGUUUCCUCCUACAUGCGAGCGGUGAAUGACAUCUAUGACAAGGUGGACUUCGAUGGAAUCAAGCUGAUCAACUUCAAAGUGAAAACCCUCUUUGUGAUGACAGAGGAGAAAAAAAAUGAUCCUCUGAGCCCUCUGUACAUCGGGCCGGAGAAACUGUUGAGGCUGUUUGCUGAGAGCAAUUGGAACGACUACUGUCUGGCCUAUGUGCUCACUAACAGAGACUACAGCGGAACACUGGGACUCGCCUUCGAGGGCAAGCCUGGUAACGCAGGAGGAAUAUGUUCAAAGCAGAUCAGAUCUCUUAAGGGUGAAAACAUCAGCCAGAACACAGGUUUGGUCACAAUUCAGAACUACGGACAGUUCCUGCCUCCUCGACAGGUCCAGCUGACCUUCGCUCAUGAGCUCGGCCACAGCCUGGGAUCUCCGCACGACGACGGCUCGAACUGCGGAAACCUCGGCUCCAGGGGCGGUAAAGGCAGGUACCUGAUGUACCCUGAAGCCACUAGCGAGGUGCGUGAAAACAACGACAAGUUCUCGCCCUGCAGCAUCAAACACAUCAGCAAGAUCCUGAAGGCGAAGAAGGAAGACUGCUUUGUGGUCAGUGAUCAGCCCAUCUGUGGAAACUUGAUUGUCGAGGACGGUGAGGAGUGUGACGUCGGUCACAACGACACAGACCCCUGCUGCUUCAGCGCCAAAGAGCAUGUAGGAGUCCAGUGUCACCUCAAGCCUGGUAAAGUGUGCAGUCCGAGUCAGGGCCUGUGCUGCGGUCAGGACUGUAAGUUUAAGCCAGCGGGUCAGGCCUGUGAUGACGAGACUGACUGUCAGAAAGAGGUUGUGUGUUCGGGCCACUCCCCGUUCUGCCCUGAGCCAAGUGCCAAGGAAAACCUUACAGUCUGCAGUCAGGGCACGCGUGUGUGCCUGAACGGGGUCUGUACCGAGUCUGUGUGUCUGAAACACAGCCUUGAGCAGUGUGACUGUCCAGGAGACCUGAUGAAGGAGAAAUGCCAUGUGUGCUGCCAGCAGCUGGAUAAGCCCGAGACGUGUGCCAGCACCACGUCCUCCGUCCUGUCCCGUUUCUUCCAGAAGAAGGAGUUGCCACUGGUUGCUGGGGCUCCGUGCUCAGGAAACCGGGGUUACUGUGACAAAUUCCAUGUGUGUCGUCUGCUGGAUGCGGACGGCCCCAUCGCAAGACUGAAAAACUCCCUUCUCAAUUUGGAUGACUUCGAUGACUUAGCGGAGUGGAUGAAGGCUCACUGGUGGGCCAUCCUGGUGGCGAUCCUGACUCUGUCUGCAGUGAUGGGCUGCACAGUCUGCCUCUGUGGCCGCAAGCUGUACACCAGUGAGUUUGAGUGACCCCUGACUUUUGAUCCCUGCCACCUCUGGGACGACAUCAUGACAACGCACACAUUUUACGAGGAUUCCUUCACCUGGGUUUUUUCUGAAGUGUCACAGCCACAUUGCAGCAAUCCACUUUGUUGCUCAUCGUAAACUGCGUGAUCUGACUACAGGUGACCUGUGAAGACACUGAAACCUGCUCAACGCCUGUCACACUAUUCUGUUAACUGAUAUCUUUGUAAGUCAUGAUGCAUGUGCCACUUUCUUUUCCUUGUGCCACUUGUCUGUUCACAUUUCAACAAGCAUUGAGAGUCUCCUGUGAUGCAUGUGUGUGUCAGUCAACCCAUGGAUGGAUUACUGAGCUGACCUACCUGGCACAGGCCCCGGCCCCAAAGUGUCAGGGCCUUCCUUGGGCUUUACCUGCAAAAUGCCACUUGAGGAGACACAUACCAACCAUGAGGAGACUCAAAAUGAUGACAAAGAGACAUAGAAAGACCACAAAGAGAUGUGAAACAGCUGCAGAGAGAAUCAAAACGACGACAGAGCAACACAAAAUGACCACGAGGAUAUACCAAAUGACCACAGAGAUGCAAAACAACUACAAAAAGACUCAAAUUGACCACAAAGAGACACAAAACCAAAGAGAGAUGCACAACAAUUACAAUGAGAUGCAAAACAACUGUAACGUCUGUGUGUCUUACUCAUGUGUAGGAGAUGUGGUUGGGCCUUCUGCACCUCCGGGCCCAUUGUUUCAUAAUCUCCCUAUGAGUCAUCUCCCCUUAAACGCUACAUAGCAUCAUACACCUGCCCCUGUAAAGAUUGAUGGGACUCUCCCUUGUUUUGCCCUGCAGCAUCCUCACUUCUGUGUUCGAACUUGAUCGCUAAUUUUAGCCUUAAAGGAAUACGGCAUUUGGGCCUCAAAAAGCCGUCCUCUAACGUCAGCAUGACAGGCCUCCAGGUGCUGGCAUCAGGGCGAAACGCAGCAGGACAGGAAUAAAAGUUAAGGCAGUGAAACACCAACAGCCACCGACUUUCACCCAGGAGAAC